UUUUGAAAUCGCAGAGGCGCUCUCCAUCUCAAAAAGUCGCGUCGCAACGUCGGUUUAUUCCUCUUUUAACAUCUCUCUUCCUCGUUUGAACAUUUUUAAUAUUCCCGACAGUUAUACAAAACUCAUUCUCAUUUCCCUGGAAGUGAGAAUUUUGGGUUUUCAAUUUCCAAAUUAUUCUCUUCACAGAGCUGUAAUAAUGUCCGCUUCAGCCGUCUCCAUCACGACCAACUCGGCGGCGGCCCGCCGGAGGCCGUUGAUGGUCAACGAGAAAAAAUUAAGUAACAUUGAAUUGGUUCAAGCCGAACCCCAAGUCAACGGUGGAGAUGAUAGAGUUGCUGCGGCUGCGACUAGCAGAGAUCUGAGCCACCAUUCGAUUCGUGCCGAAGCGGUUGUGGAGAGAGAUUUGAUUCAACUGAAGAAGAGCGCCAAUGCGCAUUCUACUGUGUCACCUCGCCGGACGCGGAAGGCAGUGGCGAAGCAGGAGAAGCCGAGGUGGUUGACAGUAGUUAGUAUUUUUACUAAGAAUGUUAUACUUUUGUUGGUUUUGUUAGGGCUGGCUCAGUUUGUUAGAAAGUUAAUUGUGAAAAAUGGGGAUCAGACUCAAUUAGGGUUUUCGGAAUUUGAGAAACGAAUUGGAGAUGUUGAGGAUUUUGUGAAGAGUACUACGAAAUUGAUGCAGGUUCAAAUUGAGGACGUUGACAGAAAGAUUGACAGUGAGAUUGGAGGGCUGAGAACUGACGUUACUAAGAGUAUUGAGGAUAAAAUUGUAAUCUUGGCGCGUGAGGUGAAGAAACUGGAAGAGAAAAGCGAGGGGUUGGAGAGGACAUUGAGUGAAUUGAAAGCUUUUGAUUGGUUUUCGAAAGAGGAGUUUAAUAGUUUUGUUGAAGGGAUGGGGAAGAGGAGUGGUGAAUUUAGCGAAAAUGAUGUUAGUUUGGAUGGUAUAAGAGCUUAUGCAAGGGAGACUGUAGAGAAGGAGAUCAAUAAGCAUGCAGCUGAUGGGCUUGGAAGGGUGGACUUUGCAUUGGCGUCUGGUGGGGGUAGUGUUGUUAAGCAUUCUGAACCUUAUUUGGUUGGGAAGGGGAAUAAUUGGUUUUUAAUGGGUGGUCUAAGUGGUGUCCAUAGGGAGGCUGAUAAGAUGUUGAAACCAAGUUUCGGGGAGCCAGGUCAGUGUUUCCCUUUGACAGGGAGUAGUGGAUUUGUUCAUAUUAAGCUGAGAACGGCUAUCAUUCCUGAGGCUAUCACACUGGAACAUGUUGAUAAGAGUGUCGCUUACGACAGAUCAAGUGCUCCCAAGGAUUGUCGAGUUUUUGGAUGGCUACAGGGGCAUGAUAAUGAGUUAGCUGUCAAUGCUGAGAAGAUGUUUCUUUUGACAGAGUUUACUUAUGACCUUGAGAAGAGUAAUACUCAAACCUUCACUGUAUUGGACUCACCAAGCUCUGGUGUGGUUGACACUAUUAAACUGGAAUUUAUGUCAAAUCAUGGAAGCUCUUCUCAUACUUGCAUUUAUCGGCUAAGGGUACAUGGUCAUGAACCUGAUUCUGUCUCCAUGUUGCCUGUGUAGUUUCAUAAGUCCCCACCACCUAUGCCAUGCUCUUGUAAUUGUAAUAUCAACUUUUUCUUUUUUCUUUAUUUUCUGCUUAGAUCCUUUUCGAACUUACUGCUUAUUAGGUGUAGAGUUUCUUGUAUUUUGAUACCUAGUACGUCCUGAUGUUAGUAUUGUCAAAAAAAAAAAAAGUUUUGUGUACCAUAUCA